AAAGGUGCCGCUUCGCACCUUUGCCAGGCUGGCCAGCCUCUCCGAGCCCCCGUUUUCCUCUCUCCCCGCCCGGAGCCUGGGCUGUCAGGCGGGUGAAAGGCAAGCGGAAGACCCGGAGCCUGGUAGCCCCCCCGCCGCCCCGGGUUCCGGCUGGGAGAUCGAAGCGGUGAAGGACAAGAAGGAAAAUGUGGGUCCGGGGGCGCUGAGGGUUUCUUGCCUGGGCACCUUUCGAUCCGUGCCGGGGAAUCCUUGUCUGCGAGAGGAUCUGCUGAGGCCCGGAUCCAAAAUGCACAGAACCACCAGGAUAAAGAUCACCGAGCUGAAUCCCCACUUGAUGUGCGCUUUGUGUGGCGGCUACUUCAUAGAUGCAACCACCAUAGUGGAAUGUUUACACUCCUUCUGUAAAACCUGCAUCGUCCGCUACCUGGAGACCAACAAAUACUGUCCCAUGUGUGAUGUCCAGGUGCAUAAAACCAGGCCCCUGCUCAGCAUCAGGUCUGACAAAACCUUACAAGACAUAGUAUACAAACUAGUCCCUGGGCUUUUCAAAGAUGAAAUGAAGAGACGGCGUGACUUCUAUGCAGCCUAUCCCAUGGCAGACGUUCCCAAUGGGUCUAAUGAGGAUCGUGGGGAAGUUUCCGAACAAGACAAAGGGAACCUGACAGAUGAUGAAAUUGUCAGCUUAUCCAUAGAGUUUUACGAAGGAAUGAGAGAUGAAAAGAAAGGGACGAUUGAAAACGGGGAUGCGGAGAAGGAAAAAAAGAACGGUGUAAGGUUCCUCCGGUGUCCUGCUGCCAUGACAGUCAUGCAUCUGGCUAAAUUUCUCCGCAAUAAGAUGGAUGUUCCCAGCAAGUACAAAGUGGAAGUUCUCUACGAAGACGAACCUUUAAAGGAAUAUUACACGCUUAUGGACAUCGCCUAUAUCUAUCCUUGGAGAAGGAAUGGGCCUCUCCCUUUGAAAUACCGAGUGCAGCCAGCUUGCAAGAGACUAAAACUGUCCCAGCCUGCAAACUCUGAAUGCACCAACACCAGCGGAGCAUCCGAGUGCGAAUCCGUCAGCGACAAAGCCAACAGCCCCGCCACCUUGCCCGCCACCUCCUCGUCCCUGCCAAGCCCUGCCACACCUUCCCACGGGUCGCCCAGCUCCAACACCACCACGAUAAGCAUCCCUGCCAACCCCGGCACCAUACUCAAUGGCACCUCGAACUGCCACCAAAUGCCACCCUCCUCCAGCAGGGGGCGCAAAAUGACUGUGAAUGGCAGCACAGCAUCCGCCUUGACCUAGAAGGGACCCCUGGGGCAUGACUUUCCAUUUUAUAUAUAAAUAUAUAUGUGUAUAUAGGAAACAAAAUUAUACAUACUUAUUUUCUAUUGAUUGACCAGAUUAAUUUAAAAUGCAAACAACAGACACAAAAUGUGGUUGAGUAUUUUUUAAUGGUAUUUUUUUUUUUUGUCUUCAACUUUAUGGAACUUGCAUGCCAUGAGCCCAAGUUUAGGUAAAAGCGGCAGCCCCUUCAUUUUCUAUACCUUCGGUCACCCCAGGAGCUAAUGGGACUGCGUAGUGACGGAUACACAGGUAAUGGCAAAGCACAUGGACUGGAAGCCUCAAUCCUCGGUGUAAGUGCAUUUGUGGUGCUGUCACUUUCUUCCAAAAGGAUGAGGCUUGUCCAGGCAUCUCUUAAGAGCCACAUCCAAUGUCAUGCUUGUGUCUGCCUCCCCUACCCCCUUUCCUGACUGGUUUAGGGAUGAAGAACCUACAAGCAGGUGUUGAGUGUUUUGUGCGUAUGGACAGGCAGGAAGUGGGUCUUAAAGCUUUGUAAAUCCUACAGUUCUUCCACUAUCCAAACUCUCAUGGACUUUAACCCAGAAGCUUGCCUGGAGUCAGGGCCAUUGGCUAAAAUUUUCAAAAGUACCUAAAUGAUUUAGGAGUCCCAGUUCCAUUGAAAGACAAUGACCUAUGUGAUUUAGGAGCCCAAAUCACCGUGGUGCUUUUGAACAUGUUACCCACAGGGUGUUAUGUCCAGAGCAGCCUAGGGGAUUUAGACACACCUGCCAUUAAUUUAAAGGGAAGAGUUUGGUCUGAUUCCUCCGCCACCCCCAAGAGUGCAUGCAGCCCCAGCGGAAGCCAGCGGGAGCUGCAGGUGUUGUGCACUUCUGAAAAUCAGGUCCCAUGAGUCACAUUUUUCAAAAGAAGUCAGGGCCAGAUUUCUGGGAACAUGCUGAAGGGUGGUGUUUCCCCCCCCCCUAAAUCUUGCCCGUAUGCAUCUACGUUCCCUAGCCUGCUUUAAAUUUCUCAGCCAGAGGCUCCUUCCCUGGCUCCCUUUAGAAUGACAGCUUUUCCCACUGCCUUCUGGCAAUGUCUUAUCUGAUCAUUUUAAUCCCUGGGUAGUCUCCAAGGAGAAUUUCCAUCCCUCUGUAAAUACAUCCCUGCUCCUGUCUUCACUUCAUAAUGAUGUUCCCCCUACAUUUCUGUGCAGUGGGGCAGGAAGGGGGAAGAGAUCUCAGCUUUAAGGGCCACCAAAGCACAUUCCAUUUGGAGGUGGACUUGGCGAAGGGAUCUAAAGAACCCAGGAACUGGUUUUUGCAAAAGGAUGUGGCUUCGUCUCCCCCAUGUAAAUUGUCUUCUCCUGUGCAGAGUAGCUUUCUAAUGACUAUUUGAGGCUUCGAUCCUGCAAAGAUUUAAGCAUGUGCUUAACUUGACACACUCCAAGCCGUUCCAUUCAUUAAGCACAUGCCUUAAGGGUGGAAUGUUCAGGAGAAUCUAGGCAAUUUAAGAGCACAAGUCAUUGAUUUACCUGCCCCCCCCCGCCCCAACCCCAAAGGAGGCCAAGGGAUCUAGCCCUUCAGGUCAACAGAAGUUGGGAACCUCUCCUGGGCUCCUUAGUCAUUAAGGGCUCUUUUGAAAAUCCCACUCUAAGACUUUGCAGGAUGGGGGCUUCAAAUAACAAAUACCACCUUCAAAACAGGUAGUGCUCACUCAUUGGACCCAUAGCAGCAUUUCACGUAGCCUCAACAUUCAUGAGCUUUGAAAUAACCUGACUGGGUGGGAAAGGAAGAGAGUUAGGGCUCAUCCCACCCAGGAAACCACCAUUUCAGUCCUUCCACGGUGGUGAUGGUUCCCAGGAGUGUGGUUUUUUUGGUGGGGUGGCCAGAGAUGAUGCUAAAACGAAGAACUUUUUCCCCAUCAAACACUCUGCUCUCCAUUUCUUCUUCCUCAAUAGCUCCUUGCUUGCUAAAAAGUUUAAAUUCAGCAUUUCAAAGCUUCAUUUUAGUUCUACCCUGUCCCACCAUCUCCCCUUCAUCCUCCUCAUGCAGGAUUUAAAAAAAAAAUACAGUGCCUUUAGAAAGGUGGUUUAUUUGUGAAGGGGACAGGGUAAAAAAAAUAAAAAUAAGGGGGGGGGGUUACUGUGUUUUCUUUAAAAAGGCAUGUCGCUUUCUAGUAUGUGGUGCUGCAUUUUGCUUACAUCUUGUGUUAUGAAAUUGUCCCCAUGCAGGGGAGGGGAAGCGCACAGGUCCCAUUGCAGAGAAUUCUCUUGCAUCAUCCGCUAAAGAUUUCCUUCCAAGCCGCAGUGCUACUUUUCCUUUAAGGUAGGGGUGUGAGUGUGAGUGAGAGAGCAUGGGGUGGGGGAGAAGGGGAAGGGAAGGGGUGGCUGCAUUCUCAGAAGCACAUGUUCUCUUGGGCCUCAAGAAGCUUAUUCCCCUUAUUUAUUUAUUAAUUCAUUCCACCAUGAAUGAAUAAAUGCCUGCAGAUCCCAGGAACAGGAAAAUUCCUGCAGGGGACAGGAAAGAGUCAAGCUGCUAGAAAGGAGCUGGGUUUUCUCUGCAGGGGCCGCAGGUAGAGUGGGGGGGGGGAAAUCCUGAAGGCUGAAACCGACAGGAGUGGGGAAGGGAACUGCGUAUACAGAGCCUGACUCCAAAAGGUCAGCAAACAUGGAUUUCAAAACAAAACACUAAAGUAUUCUCCCAAAGAACUGAGAGGUGUCUUUGCUGGGACGAGCCGGCCUGAGCAGAGAGCCCUUUGUGCAAGUCAUUCGUGGUCAGGCUCUAGGAAGCUGGGUAGGUUACGGUUAAAGGACUUUCUUCCUCAGAAUGCUGCGUAGGGAGAGGUCUCCACCGGGAGGCAUUAAUCGGUGAUAUGCAGUUCAGCGUAGGGUGAACUGGUUAACGCUGAAUUAGGCGGGGCUUGGGACCGUAACUUCUUAGAAACCUUUGAGAACGUUAUCCCCAGCAAGAAUGAGGGAUCUGAUGGGCGAAGAUACACUUUUUUUUUUUUGGAGGUGGGCCAUCCGAAUUUCCCAUGGAAGCAGCCAAAGUGGGCAGAAUGCAUCUUCGGUUGGGUCAUGGGGGGCAGGUGUGUGUGUGGGGAAAUCGGGGGCAAUUUGCAUGUAUUGAAGAUGGCUCCCUUCUGCCCUCCAUUGUCUCAUGGGAGGAGAAGGCACUCAGGUCGACUGCAGGGGAAAGACACACAAAGCUGCCAUUGUUCUAUUAGUCUUUCCCAUUUCUGUUUCUUCCCCUUCUAUUGGCCGGGGCUGGACUGCGAGCUCAAUAGUGUUUCACGGGGCUUCAUGGGUUGAAAAUAUUCACGGACUUUGGUAUCCCUUCUCCUUGUACAUAGGCCAAAAUGGACUAAAUGAGGCACUUCCACUGCCUCAAUUGGGGGGUUUGGUUCCCCACCCCCAAUAUGGUACAAACCAAAUUGCUCUGUAUGUUUGCAUCCUGUAUGAUGUUUUAAUGUCCAGUAAUAUAUUUGGAUAUUCAUAUAUCGUUAUUGGUUAAACAUUUGUAUAACUAUACAGCUUUGUAAAUGUAAUAAAUGCUGCAGAUUGUC